ACUCCGCGGGCGCGCGUAAGCUUUAUCGUUACCGCACCCGCCGCGUCAAGUUCCUCCCGCGAGCGUUCAACGGCUUCCCCCUUUAAGAUUACGCGGCUUCCCCGCAACCGUUGCGCGUGUCCUCUUCAAAACAUCGUCGUCUCUCGCGUCCACGGGACUCGUAAUCUCUCGCUGAAAGCUCCGCGAAUCGCUCAGCGAGACUACUGCCUAGCGAGGGACGCCGCUCAUGGUGAGAGAGAGAGAGAGAGGGGGGGGGAGGGAGGAAGAGAAAUCGGCCGAGAAGUAAGCGCGCAAGGAUACCUCUAACGGGCAUCCGGAAGCGAGGAGAAGAGUGCGCUUUCGGGAGAGUCGCAGAGAAGGAGGAACACCACGGGGAGGAGGAGGAGAAGGAGACCGAGAGAGAAGGACAGACUGAGAAAGCGGAGAAGAGCGAAAGAGAGAGAGAGAAAGAGAGAAGGAGAGACGGACAACGCCGAGGGAGAAGUCUCGCGGAGCACGAGAGUUUUAACCGUAACCGGGAACGUUCUCCGUGAUCGAGAGAAAACCCAGGCUAGGAGACAGGCCGGCCACUCGCCGUGGCUUACCAAGCGGCAAACGAAACUAAAUUUCAUCUCAUUUUCAUAUUUUUCUCCUCGUAAGUUGCAACCUUUUUUUCUAACACGUAGCCCAGUUUAUCGCGGUCCGAAUGUUGUUUUUUUUUCGCGCUGACGAGCAACAUGUCGUUCACUCGCGUCGAUACGGAAUACCCGUCAACCCGGUAAAUCGAGGCUGACUCUCAGCCUUUCGGCUACAUUUUGUCACUGCGAUACUUUCGAAUCGACGAAUCCAAGUUUUUCCAGUGCCGGGAAUACAUAUUUUCAGGAAAAACCAAGUGCUUUUUUCAAUCCGACGGGAAUUGAGAGGGAGAGAAAGACGACGAGGACCGGCCGGGUGGGAGAGAGCGGGAAAAGCAUGGGGCCCAGGGGUGGUUUUCUCACCUCCUGUGGUCGGCUUCAAAAUUCGAGGACUCUUUUCCUGCCGAUAUUUAUCCUCGGGCUUUUCAUUCUCCUCAUCGAACUUUCUACUCUCACCGAAGCUGUGGAAUGCAAAACUGCGAAAUGCAACUGUACCGGAAUAAAAGGAGAGUCAGGAUUUCCCGGUGUCCCAGGACCUCAGGGACCCGAAGGGCCCCCCGGUGAGAUUGGUCCUGACGGCCCCAUCGGACCAAAAGGCGAGAAAGGCGCGGGCGGAGAGUACGGAGGAACGGGCGAAAAAGGUUAUCGAGGCGAUACUGGUAUACGGGGCGCGACGGGCGAGCCUGGAACUUCGGGUAAUCCUGGUAUAGCUGGUCUCACCGGGCCUGACGGUCUCGAUGGCUGCAAUGGGACUGAUGGCCGCGCUGGGGCACCGGGUAUGCCCGGAGACUAUGGAGAAAGAGGCCCUGACGGUUUUCCGGGUGAACAGGGCCCUGCGGGUGAACCAGGAGACGGCGGAGUCAAUUCCAUCGGCGUGAAAGGAGAACGAGGAGUCCCUGCUGCUAGUGGACCCAAGGGCUAUGAUGGUCCUCGAGGUAUUCCUGGUGAACCAGGGUUCCAGGGAGAACAGGGAGAACCCGGUUUUCCGGGACCUCCUGGACUUCCGGGAAUGCAAGGGGAGCCCGGAACUCCGGUGUAUGGUGAUAAAGGGUCAGUGGGCGAGGAAGGCGAUCGUGGAGAACAAGGAAAAUCUGCAGGGUUUGAGUGGAGUAAGCGUAACUUCGUAGACGGUCCUCCAGGAGCAAAGGGUAUUCGGGGGGAUAGGGGUGAUCGUGGACGGAAAGGUGAAUUUGGGGCGACAGGUCCCCAUGGUCGUCCAGGUACACCAGGCUUGAAAGGGAUGAAGGGAGACCAGGGUGAUGAUGGACCACGAGGAAAACAAGGUAUCGAAGGUGUAGCCGGUCCAGCCGGUGAAAAGGGCGAGAAAGGUGCCCCAGGUUAUGCGGGAGAGCCAGGCGAUGACGGAUUAGACGGUGAAGAAGGAGAAAUAGGUAACAUGGGAUCGCCAGGAAAGCAAGGAGCGGCUGGUGAACCAGGAGCGUACGUACCGGAACUAGACGAGAUCAUAGUGGGAAACAUCGGAAUCCAGGGUCCCGUUGGUCCACCCGGUGAAAAGGGUCCUUCGGGAACUCCAGGAACCCGUGGAUUGACGGGGUACAUCGGGCCGCCGGGACUCCCAGGCCCGCCGGGUAUACCGGGUGAAAAAGGGCGAAAAGGUUCUUCGAUCAAGGGCGAGCAAGGGGACGAUGGUUUAACGGGUCAAAUGGGACCGCAGGGUCUCAUAGGGCUUCCAGGACUUCCAGGACCCAUAGGAGCCAAAGGAUUUGCUGGUUUGACGGUCAUUGGACCGCCAGGCCUGGAAGGUCAACCUGGUCUACCUGCAUUCAACGGUCCACCCGGCGAUCGCGGUGAUCCUGGUCCUCCGGGUGACAAAGGUUUCCCCGGUAAAGGUAUAAGGAUUCGUGGUCCACCAGGAGAGCCAGGAUUACCAGGAAUUCCGGGACGCGUUGGCCCCGACGGUUGGCCAGGAGUGCCCGGUCUAAAGGGUAAACGCGGACCACAAGGAGAUGAUUGCGGCGUUUGCCAGCCCGGCCUACCUGGCGUCAAGGGAGAAACUGGAGAUGCAGGAAUCAAUGGUUACCCGGGCUCACCCGGAUUCGCUGGACUUCCCGGACCGAGAGGAUUCAAAGGCGCACAAGGCAAAACAGGUCCCAAAGGUCCUCGCGGCCUCGAUGGAGCUGAUGGGCGACCUGGAAUAGCUGGGUCGCAAGGACCGAAAGGUGAACAUGGUUAUAUCAUCUGGCCACCCGGAGGCCAAGACAAAGGAUGGGAUGGCGACUUCGGGGACAAAGGAUUUCCCGGACCAGAAGGGCCCGCCGGCCUGCCUGGAGCCAUCGGCGAAACUGGCGAUUCUGGACCACCAGGUCCCAAAGGUGAAAAAGGCGACCUCGGUGCUCCCGGGUUAUCCGGAACCGACGGCCGCCCCGGGUGGAACGGCGCACCCGGUGCUAAAGGCGAACCUGCCAGUGUACCAAUAGAGUUCCUCCGCGGUGAUCCUGGAUUGCCUGGAGCUGAUGGGUUACCAGGACUUCCCGGUGACACCGGAGCCAAGGGAGAACCUGGCGAAGCUGCUGAACAUACUGGCUUACACGUCAAAGGGGAGAAAGGAUUCUUAGGCGAACCUGGCGACCGCGGUUUCCCUGGUCGAAAAGGAUAUCAAGGGAUCACUGGUCCCGAAGGAUUCCCUGGUGCUCCUGGCUUAACUGGUGACCCUGGUAUUUCAGUUCAAGGAUCCAGAGGUCUUAAAGGAUAUCCCGGUAUGCCGGGAGACCAGGGUCCCCGUGGAAUAACCGGCGCUCCAGGUCUACCUGGUCCUCCAGGAUUUGACGGUCUUCCAGGUCCAAAGGGUGAUCGUGGUGACGUCGGAUCGAAUUUGAAUUAUGGCGAUAUCGGGCGACGUGGUUUCCUAGGUCAGAAAGGAAAUAUCGGAGAUGCAGGUCCCGCAGGGUACAGAGGUAGACCCGGUAGACCCGGCACGGUAGGGUUACGCGGACCCAAAGGAGCUCCAGGGUUCGAGGGCUGGGCAGGAGAAAAGGGUGUCAAAGGUGUUAGAGGCGACAGCAUUCAAGGAGUACGUGGAUAUCCUGGACCACCAGGUAGAAAUGGAACUCGAGGAUGGAUUGGAGACGUCGGCAUCAAAGGUGGCGACGGGUACCCCGGCUUCGAGGGCAUGAAAGGUUUGAAAGGAGAGAUCGGAUUUCACGGACGUCAAGGGGAAGAUGGAGAUCAAGGUCCUUUGGGUUACGAGGGUAUGGCGGGAUUGGCCGGUUCGCCAGGUUCCCCCGGUCCGGAUGGCGACGUCGGUGAAAUUGGUGCUCCAGGACUCCCCGGCUGGCCGGGAGCAGAGGGCGAACCCGGAAUAAUUGGUUUGAAGGGCGAGCAAGGUGAUAAAGGACCGCAUGGACCUACGGGGCUUCCUGGCCCCGAUGGUUUCAAGGGUAUAACCGGUGACAUGGGUCUCGAUGGAUUCGAUGGUGAACAAGGUGAAAGUUCGUUUAGUGGACCUCAAGGUGACAUCGGCGAGCCAGGAUUUAUGGGAGAAAUUGGACCACCCGGUCUCCCUGGUUUCGAUGGCAGACCCGGAGCUCCGGGCGAAGUUGGACCAGAAAGCGUUGGAUUCGAUGGCCUGGCUGGAGAGAAAGGUGACAGAGGCUUCGAUGGCCGGAAUGGACUACCGGGAAUCAAGGGAGAAUUCGGUGACAUGGGUCUCGAUGGAUUCAAAGGCGAAAGAGGUGAUGUCGGUCCCAAAGGACAUCCUGGAUCCCACGGUUAUGAUGGUCGCCAUGGCGCCAAAGGGGAAAUCGGACCUAUGGGACCUACGGGCUUUAACGGUCCGAAAGGAAAAAGAGGAUUUGAGGGUGAUCCAGGUUUAAUGGGACGUCCUGGUAUGCCCGGUGAUCCAGGGCCAAUCGGAUUGCCUGGUUUCGAGGGUCAAGUAGGAAGAAAAGGUGAAAUCGGUGAACCAGGAUUACCUUCAUUCUAUGAAGUAACGUACGGAGAUUUUGGUGAACAGGGACUCGACGGUUUGCCCGGUCGCAAAGGAGCCUUAGGAGAUACUGGACCAGCCGGUUUUCCUGGACCGAAAGGAGAACGCGGAGAUGAUGGAUUGCAGGGCGUCGAUGGUUUUGAAGGAUUGGAAGGACUCCCUGGCCUUCCGGGUGAUGAAGGACUUCGGGGAUUACCAGGAGCUCCAGGAAUGUUCGCCGAGCGAGGUGACGAAGGACGCGCUGGACUCGAUGGACAGCCCGGUAUUCCAGGACGUCCUGGACAAAAAGGAGCGCCUGGUGAAUACGGCAGAAAUGGUCCCAAAGGAAUUUCCGGUGAACCGGGUAGAAUCAUUCCAGGACCGAAAGGAAUUCAUGGAGAUCCAGGUCCUCGAGGUUAUCCGGGUCGCCCUGGAAACCCUGGUGAAAUUGGUAUGCCCGGUUUUCCCGGAUUCGAGGGCCCGAAGGGUUUCGUUGGUGAGCCCGGAUUCUCAGCGAGCGCGGCGAAAGGUGAAGUUGGUGAUAUCGGGUGGCCAGGAUUCGAUGGUCAACCGGGUCUCAAAGGUAUGAGAGGAGACUCGGGUCAGAACGGUGCGCCCGGAGCUCCUGGGUUCAAGGGCGAGACGGGCGAGCCUGGCGAGCCUGGCAUUCCUGGCUUAGAUGGUCCGGACGGACCGCAGGGACCCAAAGGAGACAGAGGUCAGAAUCCAUUCCCGCCGUUCCCCAGGAAAGGUCUCACCGGUGACACGGGAGCCCCUGGCUUAUCCGGAUUCCCUGGUCCAAAUGGAAUGAUGGGCAUGCCUGGUCUGGACGGUCUACCGGGUCAGGAUGGUGAACGGGGUAUGACCGGUCCCCACGGUCCCCCUGGUCCCGAAGGUGAAUACGGCCGACCCGGGCAGGAGGGAGUCCGGGGUCCACCGGGUUAUCAAGGACCGCCAGGUUUUGCCGGAGCACCCGGAGACCAAGCCCCGCCGGGUCCAGGACCCAGGAGUCGAGGUUUCCAUUUCGCGCGGCACUCGCAAUCCGAGAUGAUUCCUCAGUGUCCUAGAAAUACUGUGAAACUUUGGGACGGUUUUUCACUUCUCCACAUCAUGGGCAACGGCCAUCCGUGGGCCCAAGACCUUGGUGCGGCCGGAAGUUGCGUGGCGAAGUUCUCGACGAUGCCUUUCAUGUUCUGUAACCUGAAUAACGUUUGUGACUACGCUCAGCGCAACGACUACAGUUAUUGGCUCAGUUCGACGGAACCGAUGCCGAUGAUGAUGACGCCGAUUCCGGCACCCGAAGUCGGAAGAUACAUAUCAAGAUGCGUUGUUUGCGAAGCCCCCACGAGAAUGAUUGCCGUUCACAGUCAAUCCAUGGCCAUUCCUGAGUGUCCCGGUGGAUGGGAGGAAGCUUGGAUCGGUUACAGUUUCCUUAUGCACAGAGACGCAGGAGCAGCAGGCGGCGGGCAAUCGCUCGUCUCGCCGGGUUCCUGUUUGGAGGAAUUCCGUACGAGACCGUUCAUCGAGUGCCGUGGUUUGGGCACUUGCAAUUACUUCUCAACUGCAGUCUCGUACUGGCUCGCGACGAUAAAGGAUUUCGAGAUGUUCCGGAAGCCACAGCAGCAAACUCUCAAAGCCGAUCACACGUCGCGAGUGAGUCGUUGCGCGGUUUGCAAACGUCGACAAAUAACGGAAGAUCUGAACAACAACCGAUUGAAACCGUUCAAUUCGAACGGGCAUCGCUAUCCACCUCCGAACGUCGAGGAUCGAGAAAACAUCGAGAGAUUACCCGAUUGGCCGAGGAGACGUCCGCAAGGCGGUGAAGCUCGGGGCCCGAGACCUCCGUACAACCGCGCACCCGGCCAAUAUCGUAGGCGAGGUCGCCCUCGCCGACCCGAACAACCGAACGCGAGAGCGUGACUCGAAACGAAACCAAACGGCGUAUAAUUAUUAAAAAUCUAAUGUAUAUAAAUAUCAUAAUAAUAUUAAAUAUUAUUUCAUAUUUUACAUCUUCCUACGCUAGUUAAGUUAUGAAAAAAUGUCCGAAUAUCCUCGCGAAUCGCUAGUACGAUUGGGUGAACGAAAUCGCAUGACUAUCGAAUCGUGCACAAAGUGCCAUGACGAAAAACUGUUGUCGAGAGAUAAAACGUCGACUCUUCCGUUUCAACGAAUACUGCCAAAUAUUAUAUUUGUCGCGUGAGCCUGGACAUCGAUACUGUGUCAUUAGUUAAUCUCUUGUAAUAUGCCAAAUACGAAUACGAUCGGAUGUAGUUUUUCGAAUUAACACGUCGUCUAUCAUUUAUAUCGCUUGAUUAUGUAUCGAUUUUUAAAUAAACGAAUUUUCUAUAAGCUUCUAAAA